AUGGAAGACAAUUAUCGCACGUUUUCAACUGCCUCAAUAAAGCCGAAUUUUGUGAACGAUUUUCUACAGUCUUGCAGGGACAGAAAUAUACUCCCAUUACCGCAGUUUCAAAUCAUUCAAGCCGGAGAAACCGUUCGAAUUAGUUCUCCAAAAUCUAUCAUUACCCAUAAAAGGGACGGGGAUGGCUCGCAUAAAAAAUUAUCUGAAGACAGACUAGAAUUAUCUGAAUCCAAAGGAGCUAUCGUAUUUAGUUUAAUUUGCGGAAAUCCUGGUGGUCAAUCUGCGGAAAACCCCACAGAGUUUCGUUGUAAAGGCCAUGAAAUCAACACAUUUAUGCUGUCUGUGCUCAGUGAUUGUGCCAAAAAAAUUUCUGCACUAACCAUCUUGAAAUUACAAGGAUGCUCGAUAAAUGCUGACGGAAUCUUAAAAAUAUCUGAGAUGCUCGCAGAAGCGGAUUGCGGUGUGAAAGAUCUGAAUUUGGACAUGAACCCGAAUGUUGAACAAAAUUAUUAUCUAUUAUGCACCCCAGGGACGAGAUUGCUCUAUCUCUCUUUGAAAUUGUGUGGAAUAAAUGACAACGGAAUAGAGAAAAUUGCUGCGAAUUUAAUUCACCGGGAUGGACCUAAUUCUCCAAAACUGAUCGCACUGAAUUUGGGAAAUAAUAAUAUUUCGGAAAUAGGAGCUAAUCAAAUUGGUAGAAUGUUGCGGACUAAUAGAUCAUUGCGAAGUUUGACUUUAACUGGUAAUAGAAUAAAUGAUUCUGGGGUCGCGUCGAUAUUAGAAUCAUUGAGCACGUUUACGUUGACGCAUAGCGAAGUAGUUGAAAAACGGCGCAGAACAAUCAGAAGAUUGAAAGCUUGCAGGGAAAAGAUGGAUAAUCUAUCAAGGGUGGCUUUGACACAGGAUAGAUUGGGCCCAGCAAUCAAAGAACGGAUUCGCGGUGUAAAAAAAAAGAGGGGUCUGACCGUUAUGACACCAUCAUCGAUUAAACAAUUGAUCAGCACUUCGAGUGAAUCAAGUGUAAAUCGUUCGAUGCCAUGCAACUUACAAUCUCUAGGAGAACUAACAGAUUCUAUGACACCUGUCGACACUCAUCCACUCGUGAGAGAUAUUUUUUCAAUUGAAGGAGCACUGAUGUGCUCUGGGAACUUGAAGUUACAACAUCUGAAUUUGAGCUUCAAUAAAAUUACCGAUAAAACAUUGCGGCGUCUAAUCGAUUGCGUUAAAAAUCAGCAGCUACAAAUGAUUAAGAGCGAUUCGUCAUCCAAUGUGAGUUAUGGACUGCAACAUCUUUGUGUAGAAGGUAAUGAAUUCGAUGAUGCUUGCAAUUUGGUUUUGCAACUGAAAUCACUGAUUCGUCAAAAUCGCAGAAAGUCCAAGUGA